UUUUUUUUCGUUUUGUAAACGGGGCUGCCGAUCGAGUGCGUGCACGUGGUGAUGGUGUCUCUCCGCCUCCCCUUCUCGUUUCCUCAGCCCCCUAGGCCGCCCCGCCGUUCCAAUGCCGCCUCCCACUCCUUCCCUCCAUCCACGGCCGCCGCCGCCGCCGCCGCCGCCGCCGCCGCCGGUGUCGCUUUUGGCCUCGCCAUCUUCGUCCGAACUGCGGAGCCAUCGCUCGAGGGGCCACCGCGCGGCGCUUCGCCUGCGUGGGCGUCGAUUUCCCUCGCGGACGCCCCGUCGCCGACGUCGGUGGAGCCGAAGAGCGGCGCGGCUUUUCCCACCGCGCUGGAGGAUGGCCGGCGCCUGCUCGGAGUCGGGCUGCGAAAGACCAACAUCUUGGGCCUCAAGACCAUUGACGUCUACGCUUUCGGUGUUUAUGCUGAUGAUAGUGAGGUGAAAAAGUUAAGAGAAAAAUAUGGAGCGCUCUCGGUCCCUGAACUGAAAGAAAAUAAGGAGUUCAUUGCUGAUGUUUUGGAGAGUGAUCUAUGCAUGACAGUUAGGCUCCAAAUAGUGUAUGGAAAACUAAGUAUUCGUUCAGUACGUAGUGCGUUUGAGAAAAGUGUACGAAGCAGGCUUGAGAAAUUUGGCAGAUCAGACAACAAAGAACUACUAAAAAGUUUUGUGUCCCUAUUCAGCGACGAAUACAAGCUACCGAAGGGAUCAGUUAUCGAACUUUCAAGGGAAGAAGGCUAUGUUCUUCAAACGAGAAUUGAUGGAAAGGAAGUGGGCCGCAUCCAGAGCAAGCUCUUGUGCCGAUCAAUAUUAGAUCUUUACUUGGGCGAGGAUCCGUUUGACAAGAAAGCUAAAGAUGUUAUUCAGCUCAAUUUGGCCAGUAUUCUCAAAGGAUCCAAUUAGACUUCUGUAAGAAAAUCUUCACCUAAUAUGUUUCUCUGCUCAACAUUUUUCUUCCUUGUUUUCCGUAAUAAUUGAAUGAGCAUUUAAUCUAUUACUGAAUGAACAUUUAAUCUAUUACGCCAUUUGUUGCACUUUGUUAUUUAAUAAUAUCCGCUGCUUCCAUUAA